AUGCUUGCGGGAAGAUUCCGCAGACAACAACGCUAUAGACCAUUUUAUUUGGCCAGAUCAGAAGAGGAAAUGUUUCACUAUUUAUUCGCCUUAGAUGAUUUCUACCUCUUCCCCUUUAAUGAGGGUAAAACCAAUCAGACAGUAUUGGAAAAAUUGGAUAUGAUUUUAAAAUCUACCUACAACACAAGUCAAUAUCCAAUGCGAGAUAUUCUAAAAGAUCUUGGACCUGAUUGUAAUCAGUUAAUAAUAAAGGGUAUUGUAUAUGGAAUUCCUGUCAAUAUAUCGGAAUAUUUUCGUAAACGCUUGACAUCAUCGGGUGUAUGCUGCAUGUUCAACUAUAAGAGAGAGAGUUAUGCCAAUGAUAUAUCUAUACGUGAAGAUGAUAAUAAUUUUGCACGAGAACAUGAUCCUGUUCAAUUUCAAGCCAAUUCUAUAUUAAAUUCCAUACAAUUUGUUUUACAAGCCGAUCCUAAAGAUGCCACAACGAGAGAUUUUGAUAUAGAUGCUUUUGUGAUCUCUGUUAAAAUGAUUAAAGCCGAUCCUAAAGAUGCCACAAUAAGAGAUUUUGAUAUAGAUGCUUUUGUGAUCACUGUCUUUCCUCAGAACGAUUAUGCCAGCAUACAAUCCAGUCAUAUAGGAGAAAUUUUGGUAAAUUACUACUCCAUUGUGGAAAUACCCAUUCAACCUGAAUUUUAUGAUUCAACCGAUAAUGUGCGACAAUUUGAUCCCCAAGUACGAAAUUGUUAUUUUCCGGAUGAAGGCCAAAAGCUAUUGAACAGAACUUAUUAUUCCAUUGAUGAGUGCCUGCUCCAUUGUCGAUCUGAAUCAAUGCUUAAGCAUUGUGGUUGUAUUGCCCCUCCCAUGGCAUCUACACAUAAUCUUACGAUUUGCAAUCUCAUCGAUGUGAAAUGUCUACGCGAAUGGAAUGCCAUGUGGUAUGAUUGGAACUAUUUCGAUUAUGUUCAAAAGGCAUCUGAUGAGGAUUAUUCAGAGACAGGUCAUAAAUGUCCCCAAUGUUUGCCCACAUGUGAUGGUGUGAAAUUUCGCAUCUACCUCAAUGAAAUGACCAUGAGAAGAACCAAUGGAGAGGCUUACAGUCAUGGACUGCUCAAAGGCAUAGAUGACAAAAAGCCCUUGGCCAUUAUAAAAUUAUUUUUCAAACAACGUUUUGCCCAUGCCACAGAAAUGGAUAUUGUAGGAGAUUGGGUGGUGCAAUUGAAUCGUUUUGGUGGAAUUAUGGGCUUGAUGUAUGGUUUCAGCAUUAUCAGCUUAAUUGAGAUUUUUUACUUUGCCUCUGGAAAAUGUUUCACUUUAUAUUGGAAACAAUGGAGACCCAAGAUUAAAAACAGGCUUUCGGCUAUGUCUGCUGCUAAAAAAGAGACUCCCAAAUACCAUGAGGAUCCUCCACCAGCCUAUGGCUUAUAUUGGAAUGAAUUACAACCAAAACGUCGCUCAUAUAUAAAGCUUUUCUAUGAAAAAAAUUAUUAA